GGCCGGGGGCGGGGCGCAGCGUCCAGGCGGCGGCGGCGGUGGCGGCGGCUCCUUAGUGUCCGGCUCUGGCUCCCGCUGCGGCUCCGGCCAGCGAUGCCCCACUCCGUGACCCUGCGCGGCCCUUCGCCCUGGGGCUUCCGCCUGGUGGGAGGCCGGGACUUCAGCGCGCCCCUCACGAUCUCUCGGGUCCAUGCUGGCAGCAAGGCUGCACUAGCGGCCCUGUGCCCUGGAGACCUGAUCCAGGCCAUCAACGGUGAGAGCACGGAGCUCAUGACUCACCUGGAGGCGCAGAACCGCAUCAAGGGCUGCCACGACCACCUCACACUCUCCGUGAGCAGGCCUGAAGGCAGGAGCUGGCCCGGUACCCCAGAGGACAGCAAGGCUCAGGCACACAGGAUCCACAUUGAGCCCGAGGCCCAGGAUGGCAGUCCAACCACCAGCAGGCGGUCCUCAGCCUCGGGGAUUGGCCCCGAAAAUGGCCGAUCUCCUUAUGGGCAGUCACCUCGUCUCCCCGCCCCUCACAAUGGCAGCAGCAAUGAGGCGGCCUUGCUGGCCCAGAUGAGCAGCCUGCAUGUGUCUCCACCCUACAGCACUGACCCAGCCAGAGGCCUCCCGAAGAGCCGAGACGGCGGCAUCGACUUGGGCUCCGAAGUGUACCGGAUGCUGCGGGAGCCCGCCGAGCCCCCGGCCGCUGCGGAGCCCAAGCAGUCAGGCUCCUUCCGCUACUUGCAGGGCAUGCUGGAGGCCAGCGAGGGCGGGGAGCGGCCCGGGCCUGGUGGCCCCCGGAACCUCAAAUCCACGACCAGCAAGCUGGGAGCCCCGCUGAGCGGCCUGCAGGGGCUGCCCGAGUGCACACGCUGCGGCCACGGCAUUGUGGGCACCAUCGUCAAGGCGCGGGACAAGCUGUACCACCCCGAGUGCUUCAUGUGCAGCGACUGCGGCCUGAACCUCAAGCAGCGCGGAUACUUCUUUCUGGAUGAGCGGCUGUACUGCGAGAGCCACGCCAAGGCGCGCGUCAAGCCUCCGGAGGGCUAUGACGUGGUGGCGGUGUACCCCAAUGCCAAGGUGGAACUCGUCUGAGCUGCUCCUGGAACGCCCCCUCCCUGCCUCUGCUUCUUUUAAUGGCCUGCGCGGCUUGUGUAAAUAUCUGUUUGCCCCUGCCUCUCUAAUAAACUCCCUCUACCGGGGCUCGCCCGCG